AUGCUAAGACGCUUCAAAGCCAAGAUAAAACGAACUGCCUCACCGUCAAACUCGCCAUUGCCAAGCACAUCUGAAGACGCGGACGAGUUUCCGUCCUUGACGCUUCAAACUCCGCAUGAGGACAUCCCCGUCAAAGAAACACUCGGUCUACUACGUUUAUUCCCCCACAACAAUGACUGCGAGAGUGAGAAUGAGAAUGAGAGUCAGCCGGACAUGCCAGCGCCUCAGAGUUAUCCAGUGGAUAUAAUUGCAGUUCAUGGCCUCGGCGGGAAUGCCUACAAAACCUGGACUCAUAACCCAGAUAAAACGCUGUGGCUUCGUGACUUGCUACCCAAGUCCCUCCCCGGAUGUCGCGUUUACACCUACGGCUAUCCCUCCAGUGUAUUCUCUGAAUCGACUGCCAGAGUAAACGAGUUUGCACGAGUGCUUCUGGUCAAGAUACGAGAUCUCCGAGAGCGAGGGGACUCAAAUACGGCAUUGGUAUUAGCCCACCAAGAGGAAAAGUACUACGGAGAAGUGCUAAGUUGCGUCGCUGGCGUGGCCUUUCUUGGGACUCCUCAUAAAGGCAGUAGACUUGCCAGCUAUGGCACCAUCUUGGCCACAAUCACCAACGCCUUUACUACGACUACGACUGCUGGAUUGUCAUCUAAAGCCACCCGGGCCGAUCUUCUUGAUCAUCUCAGCCACCACUCCGACGAGCUUUACGAUCUCGUCAUGGCAGCUCGAAACCGCCUGCACAACCUCCAAGUAGUUUCCUUCCAUGAACUUAAUCCGAUGCCUCCUCCACUGUCGUCAAUAGUCGUUGACCGUACCUCUGCCACUCUGGGAAUUCCUAACGAGGAAGUAAUCCCUAUGUACGAAACUCACAGAAGCAUUUGCAAAUAUCCCGGUGAGACAGAAAGCUAUAAGAUGGUAGCCCAUGCUCUUCGUAGGAUCGCGACUAAAGCAUUAGCCGGUGGUCAAACGCUGCAGCGAACAAGCACCAACUCAUCUAGCAGAACCCUUAGUGAAAUCGAAAGAACGUGUUUAAGACUCCUCCGCCCAGAUGGCGACCUCGACGAGGACGACCAAGAGCCGAGACUUGCAAAGCCAAUUCCGGGUACUUGCCAAUGGAUAUACACACACAAAUCCUUCACGUAUUGGCUUGAGAAUGGUAACAAUGCCCUGCUUUGGCUUACAGGGGACCCAGGGUGCGGCAAAACGACCCUGGCUGUCUCUCUUACUCAAUACCUCGAAGAAUGCCGUGGGAGGCAGAUAGCCCACAAUGUCGCUGUCUAUUUUUGUAGCAGCAAACACAACAAACAAACAGACGCAAAAACGGUUCUAAUGGGUCUGAUUUAUCAAAUUCUUAGCCGCCAUCGCUCACUGAUUUCGCAUGUUCGACGAGUAUUUGACAUACAAGGACAGAGCAUGGUGAACUCCUCCUCCUCUCUUUGGAGUAUUUUUACUAGCCUCACGAAAGAUCCGAAAACGAAGCCCCUCUAUGUGAUUCUAGAUGCUCUGGACGAGUGUGAGAGUACUUCAUGUCGUUGGCUUCUCGACUCAAUAUCCGCCUUGCUGGCGGAAUCUUCUGAGACCCAAGUCAAAUUCUUUGUGACAAGCCGGCCGUUUCUUCGUUCACAUUACGUCGGUGCCAUUGGAACUACGGAACCUCAUGUAUCUAUUGAUGAGGCGCAAUCCGGUUAUAUACGAGACCUUGACACAUUCAUCCAACAGAGGAUUGCAGAGAUAUCUCUCAAACGUCAAUAUCCGAGCGAAGUGAAAACUUACCUGCUCGAAGCCAUAAGCGCCAAGGCGGACCAAACAUUCUUAUGGAUUCAUAUUGUUCUUGCAUUAGUAGAGGAGAGCCUACUUACCUCCCUCAAGGAUUUCCGCAACAUCAUAGCCGGUAUCCCCGACAAACUCGCAGAGACAUACAUGAGAUACCUGUCGGUAGUUCCUUCUGACCAUCAAGUCAUUGCGUCCCAUUUGCUGAAACUCUUACUGGCAAGCUCGCGACCUUUGCACCUUGACGAACUCAAUGCUGCUUUGACAAUCAACUCUUCACAUACCACGGUCGAGGACGUAGCCGAGGAAUCCCACACUGCAAUGGCCCAUACAGUCCAGGGCAUCCUAGGUCCUCUUGCAAGGCUCUACGGGUCCAAGGUGUCACUUGUUCACCAGUCACUAAAAGAAUAUCUGCUGGACAAGGGAAACACGUCCGGCAGCUUCUGUGCCACGUAUUCGGUGAAUGAACAAGACUCGGCGUUGCAGAUGGCCUGUGCCUGCAUUCGAUACCUGUGCCUUGAGGACUUUGAUUUUGAUUUCUUCUCUACAAACGACUCAUCCCUUGUCGGUAUGGCCGGUCUUCACGGCGAGCUCCCCACAUUCGGUCUUAGUGACGAUGAUUCUCAGGACGAAACGCACAACCUCCAUUCUGACUUGCUAUUCCGUGACCCAGCCGUGCUAAACCAAGAGGUGUGCCGCAUGCUCGCUAGUACAUAUGGCUUUUACAGCUACGCAUCGCUCCAUUGGACAGAGCAUUUUGCCUUGUGCGAGGAUGUCGCGUCGGAUGACAUCCGAGACGCAGCUCUUCAGCUUUUAGACGCCGAGAACGCGCGCUGCCGCAACUGGUUGCACUUCUACGACGCCCAUUCCGUUGAUUCAAGUACAGAAAGGUUAAUUGGACAACAUCCAGUCGUCUUGGCAGCUUAUUUUGGCUUGCACUCUACCCUCAAGAGUCAACUUGCGAGCUCGAAUGCCCCUCAGGCCACCAAGAACCGGGGUCUUUUCUGGUCAUCGCAGCGCGGACACGAACGCAUUACUUCCACUCUCCUCGCGGUUGGUGCCGAUCCUAAUUCACGAGAACUCGACCAGCAAACAGCACUUACAGUCGCCUCCGAGCACGGCCAUCACGCCACCGUCGUUGCCCUUCUGACAGACAAGCGGACAGACAUCAACGCACCGGGGCGAAAGGGCAGGAGUGCGCUUUCAUUUGCAUGCGGUAACGGUCACGAUAGAAUCAUGAAAGAGCUACUAGCACGGGGUUGUGACGCCAAUCACACUGAUUACUCCAAGACCACUCCAUUCAUAUGGGCCGUCGGAGGCGGCCACCGCACCAUCAUCUCAGCUCUGGCAAAGCAAAAGAAUCGGGUCAACAUCAACCACCAGGAUAAGGAAGGUCGUACGGCCGUUUCGUGGGCCGCAGGAGACGGCAUGGACGACGUCCUACAGCACCUACUCAAGCUACCAGGCAUUGAUGUCAACAUCUUAGACAACAAGGGGAAAUCACCACUCUCCUGGGCCGCUGGCAACGGCUGCGCAAACGCAAUUGCAGUGCUCCUUCGAAAUCCCGGGAUCGACGUCAUGAGUCUUGACAAGGACAACAGAAACGCCAUAUCGUGGGCCUGCCAAGAUGGGCAUCAUGACGCGCUCGUCAGACUCCUAGACAGGAUGAAGUCGGCGGCAGACUCCGAAGACGUAUCUGGCUGGACGCCCCUGGCGUGGGCUAUUCAAAAUGAUGCGCCUAGGACUGUUCGUGCCCUCAUCACCAGCGGCUGCGUCGAUAUUGAGCGGCGUGACCAUGGCGGAAGAACAGCCUUGUAUUGGGCUGUCGAGUAUGGACAUGCCCCUGUUGUGAAGGUCCUUCUGGAGGAGGGAGCCAACCCAGAGGCUAGAAAUAGUUGGGGCGAUACACCAAUAGCAAUGGCCCAACGGUCUGAGCGGGCUGAUUUGCAAGAGUUGCUGAGCGAUUUCCUUUGCAAGGGGAGCGUUUGA